CUUCGUGCCAUGUUGUGUACAAGAUGAAAGUGUGGGUGCUUGAACAACCCCAUCAAAAACGUGGCACAGAGAGCGCAGUUGCAGGUGCCAUGCAGGUCGGGUACUUAUUUUGGGGGUGCUUGGCGCUAGCCUCUGAACGAGUCAGGCCCAAUACCAUUUGCUGGACCACCCAGAUCUCUUCUCCAUCGCAUUCGGCCCCCCCGCGCGUAAUUCCGCCUGCCACUGUCCUGAGCCAAAACUCAAGGAUGUGGGCUCACGCAUCCUCCCGCAGGCGAUAGCCUUCCCGGAUCUUUACCGGUCUCUUAUUCUUCCUUCAUGUCUGCAUCUCUGCGGCGUGCCUCCGGCGCCACUGCUUCAUCAACACCAUCAUGGGAGAUGUGAACCGCACGGUGCCGCCGCCCUUCGUGUUUGCACCCUCACAGGCCUUCGAUGGCAACGACGGUCGCUGGUCUACUUUCAUCGUGCGUGUAGGCACCCCCGAACAGAACUUCCGCGUGCUACCCUCGAUACAAGGCCAUGAGAUAUUCAUCCCCCUCCCCGACGGAUGCAUUGAAACAGACCCGGAUAAUUGUGGCGACCUUAGAGGCGUUUAUCCCUUCAACGGCCAGAAAAGCACCGGAUUCUUGACCAACGCUUCCUCAUCGUGGAAACCGAUUGGAUUAUACAACCUGUACCUGGCCCAGGAACUCAACUAUACCGGCAAUGGUCUCUACGGGUUUGACACGGUGGGGCUCAUGCUACAGAACUCCGGCGGACUUACGUUGGAGAAUCAGGUAGUGGCAGGCAUCGCCACCAAGGACUUCUAUCUCGGCCUGUUUGGGCUCGGUCCAAAGCCCUCCAACUUCUCAGACUGGCAGUAUCCUCAACCGUCGUUCAUGCAGACUCUAAAAGACAAGAAUCGGAUACCCAGUCUCUCCUUCGCCUACACUGCAGGCGCGGCGUAUCGGAUCCCAAAGCUCCCUGGAAGUCUUACGCUCGGCGGAUAUGAUGCCUCCCGAUACACGCCCAGCGAUCGGACUUUUCCCUUCAGUGCGGACGACUCCAAAGUCCUCAGCGUGGGCGUGCAGCGCAUCACAGCUGCCAACACACUGAAGGGUACCGUUAGCCCACUCGACAUGCCCAUCUUCUCUUUCAUUGACUCCACUGUUCCGCACAUCUGGCUGCCGCGCUCUGCAUGUGAUCGAUUCGAAGAAGCAUUCGGACUCAAGUAUGACCCAACAACGGAUCUCUACCUUGUGAAUGACACCAUCCAUCAGGAGCUGCAGCGCUUACAACCCACUGUUACAUUUUCCCUUGGGAACGAUAACAACCCAGCGAAUAUAGUUACUAUCCAGGUCCCAUAUGGAGCCUUUGAUCUGCAAGCAUCGCAUCCUAUCUACGAAAAUUCGACGAAUUAUUUUCCUAUCCGCCGCGCAGCAAACGAUACGCAAUAUACCCUUGGCCGCACUUUUCUACAAGAGGCCUAUGUAAUAGCAGACUACGAGCGCGCAAACUUUUCUGUUCAUCAGGCUGUCUUCCAGAGUCCUAUGCCUGCUCAGCAAAUAAUACCAAUCCUCUCCCCUUCGACGUCGAGGAACACUUCCACCCCAUCGGAUACCACUUCACCGCAAAACGACGGUCUCUCAAGAGGGGCCAUCAUCGGUAUAGGCGUCGGACUGGGCGUCCUGGCUCUCGUGCUCGCGCUCUUCCUGCUUUUCUUCCUCCGUCGCCGGAAGGCAGCUAAAAAACAAACGCCAGCCGAACUCCCCGCCCCCGCUACACACGAAGCCGAGUCCAAAGAUCAGUACGAGCUUUACACAGGUCCUACAGAGCUAUACAACGCAAAGCAUGAGCACCGAUGGGAGGUGGAGGCCGAUGUGAAGCAGAUGGCUCUCAUGUCGGACGAUGCUGCGGGAAGAGACCAGAUACGGCAUGAGCUUCCAGCGGACUCGAAAGCUAUCCACGAGUUGCCCAGUCCUGAAAAGCUCGUCGCCAGGCAUGAGGUAGAUGCUGGGGUUGAAAAAGCACCGUUAACCUCCGAAUCCACCAAGCCAGACAAGGACGACUGCAGUAAGAGUGGCAUGAUAUGAUUGAGGGUUUUGUGAGUUGCUAUCUAUACAUGUUCCGGGAAGGCAGCUUUAUUGUUCUAGGGAGUACUGGAGACUUCAAGAAGCAAGUAGGCACUGCAAGUGGAGCGGUUACAGAUGACAGUCCUUCAGGGUCUUGAACACUGGGAUCAUGCUAAGCGCCGACGAAGCGAUUUAUAUUAAUGUACUACUUAAUGAAUACUUACAUCUCAUUGAAAUUCAUAAACUGACUCCCUUGAGUCAUGGGAGUUGAGUUGGAGAAUGAAGUCGUAAUCACGGG